UUUAGUGAUUUGUUGUGGUUUGUUUAAAAAAAAAAAUAAACCAAAAUAAUACAAUGGCUUCUUUCGAUUUAUCCGUAAUGAAUGAAGUUUUGAGUUACGUGGAACGUGGGGUUACGAGUAAGGAGAGUUUUUUGUUGCUGAAGUUAUCUGAAAUUGAGGAAGCUGAACGUGAAUCUUUCGCGAGAGGAGAGAGGGGAGUGCGUGUGGUUGUAUCUUCGUGGGAGGACGCCGAACUAAGGGAGGGAACAGGGCCUUGGCCUCUUAUGACCUCCAGAUGUUAUCCCGAGAGUGCCCCUUAUGAUGAUGCUGUAUGGCAUCAGGAGUAUAGGUGGUCUUGGGAGUUCAAAAAAUAUGAGUCCCGUUAUUAUUGGGCUCCGGAUACGUACAAGACUCCCACUUCCACUUCUGUGUCCAAAGAAGAAUUGAUGGAGGAAAUUAUAGGUAUUUUGGGCGUCAACGCUUGUUGUAGGAGCUAUAUGUUUUUACCUAAUGAUCCUCCUAGGCUUGGGUUUCGCCCCAAAAACUCUGCGUUAGAGCUCGUUUUCGUGCAACGUUAUAAAUUGGAGUGGGAGGAAAUGAUAUUGGUCUCGAAAGCUUGGGAUGUGCGCUGGAAUCUUCCAGUCCAGAGUGUCUGGUAUCCCUGCUAGCUUGUAGCAUGUUUUCAUUAUAUAUUGAAUAUUUUAUACUGGUGUUAAUUUUGUAUAUUAAUUUUAAAAAGAAAGUUGAUUAUAAUUAUUAUUGUAGCUUUGUCGAGCAGGGGGGGAGGGGGUUGGUGGUUUUAAUAAAUUGACGGUUUCUUUCUUAAAUGGUCUAAUUAUUUUCCCUUUUUUUUUGUUUUAUUGUUU